AUGACUGCACAAAUUCCAGAAUCUGAUCAGAUAAAACAGUUUAAGGAAUUUCUUGGAACCUACAAUAAACUUACAGAAACAUGCUUUUUGGACUACGUUAAGGACUUUACAACAAGAGAAGUAAAAUCUGAAGAGACCACCGGUUCAGAACAUCGCUUACAAAAAUAUCUAAAAAUGACACAAAGAAUAUCCAUGAGAUUUCAGGAAUAUCAUAUUCAGCAGAAUGAAGCCCUGCCAGCCAAAGCAGGACUCCUCGGCCAACCACAAUAG